GCAAAAGGGUCCCCUGAUUUCACCCAGUCGCCUCUGGUUUUUCACUUUCGGAACUCUCAAUAUCGAGCAUCCCAAUUCAACUCAGCAGAAGUAAUACACAGAGACAACUUUCUGCAACCAUGGCGUUUUUGUUUCAGAAAUUUCAAGAGGCAGUCAAGGUGCUUGCGAAAAGUCCCACAUUCGCCAAGCAAGGAAGGCACCUUCAAUUUGAAGCCGAUAUGAAUCGACUUUUUCUUUAUACAAGCUACAAACGCUUGGGAAAAAAUGCCGAAGAAGCAGAUGCAGACGAGAUCAUUGACAUGGCCACAAAGGCCUCUGUAGCAGAGCAGGAAAAGCAAGUUCAAGAAAAUAUUCAUGCACAAAUGAAUACAGUCUGCACAUACAUGGAUGAAAUUCUUCGUCCUGAUCCGAAACUUGCCGACACAAUUAACCCGUCUUCAGAAAGAAACACAGCUCCUCGACGCAGUGGUCUUGGUCUUGCUGUCGGUAUGACACCAUCUUCGCAUGAUAAUCCUGGUGCGGCAGUGGCUGAAACGAAACCGUUAAAGCGUUUUGAGCUGUCGCAGAAACUAAAAGAUCUCACGGGUUACACCCUCGAAAUAAAGCCGUCUCAAAUCCAACACAAGGAAGCUGGACUAGGGUUAUACUUGGACGGUGAAGCCGACGUGGGGUCCGUAAUAGCUAUAUACCCCGGUGUCAUUUUCUCCCCGGCAUAUUACCGUUAUAUCCCCGGGUAUCCGAGGGUGGAUUUGCAGAACCCGUACUUGAUUACAAGGUACGACGGAACUGUAAUAAACGCUCAGCCUUGGGGUAACGGCGGGGAAACUCGUGAAAUAUGGGACGGAUGGACUAACGCGGAUUCUACACCGACACAGCCUAUAUUAAAUUCCGAAGGUGGUCAAAACGGGUCGGAUCGAGUGUGGAAGCUGCUAAGUAAGCCAUUAAACAGGGCACGAGUUGGCGGUAAAGGGGUUGUUUUGGAGAGGAGGAAUCCGUUGGCUUUUGCUCAUUUUGCGAACCAUCCGGCAAAGGGUGCGGAUCCCAAUGUAAUGGUCUGCCCUUAUGACUUCCCGUUGAGCGAGAAGGAUAUGAGGACUUACAUUCCGAAUAUCUCGUUUGGAAGUGGAGGUGACGUGGCGAUGAAGAAAUUCGGCAGCUUUUGGUUCAAACCGUGGAAAUCGAGUAGUAAAGUUGUGGAUGUUCCGAUUAUCAAGAGUCUUGUUCUUGUGGCGACUAGAGAAAUAUGUAACGAAGAGGUGUUUUUGAAUUAUAGGCUGAGCAAUUUGAAGCGUCGGCCCUCUUGGUAUACUCCUGUUGAUGAGGAUGAGGAUCGCAGGAGGUGGAGCUGAAUUAAGUCGGUAGAAAUUGUCUUCGUUUAAGCAAGAGUUUAUUUCGAUUUUGCAGUACGAGGUAUUUGCAUAAGAGCAUUUUUUUUUUUUUUUGUUUUCUUCCUCGUUUUGGAUUUUCAGUAAGUUUUGCUCCACCAGUUUUGGUCCCCAACUGUAUUGAUUCAGUGUUCGAUAAAUACGGAAUACUUGAAGUAACUUAACGAUUUGCCGAAUGAAUGCUCGAGUGAUUUGUAAAUCUAGUUUAUUCCUAGGUUUCGAGGAAAUCGGCGUCGAAUCAUUGCUAUUCGACUGAGGCCGGUUCAUGAAUUUGUUAUAGAGAUAUUUAUCAAGUGAAAUAUGGUGGAAAUGUUUUGACAAAAA